UUUCUCUCUCUCUCUCUCUCUCUCUCUCUCUCUCUCUCUCUCUCAGAGACAAAAAUGGCGGAAGAAAAGGAGUCGGCGUCGAUCCCACUUAGUCAAGCUGAGAACGGCGGUCCCGAUCCCGAAGACCCGGCCAAGUCUCCCCCUAGCUCUCCCAAUUCCUCCACUCGCAAGGCUUGUUGCUUUGUUCUCCAGAGUUGGGUGUCGAAGAAGUUUAUGACCGGAAUUGUAGUUCUGUUUCCUGUUGCGGUUACAUUCUUUGUUACGUGGUGGUUUAUCCAGUUUGUUGAUGGGUUCUUCAGCCCACUCUACGAGCAGCUUGGCAUUGAGAUAUUUGGACUUGGAUUUAUCACAUCCUUACUUUUCGUAUUCUUUGUUGGUAUCUUUGUUUCCUCAUGGAUGGGUGCCACUGUUAUCUCUGUGGGAGAAUGGAUUAUAAAGAAAAUGCCUUUUGUUAAGCAUAUCUACUCCGCCUCCAAACAAAUUAGUGCCGCAAUUUCUCCAGGGAUGUCAGAGCAAAUGUACUUUUACAAUGACAUAGUAAACGAGAACAUCAGUCCCCAUGUUUGCCUUCAUUUGAAUUAAGUACAUUCUAUUAUU